UAAUAUGGUGAGCCAGCUUCACACGGGUUCCUGUCGUCCGGUGCUGCAUGUGUGGAAGCACUACCGUAGUACAUACUUGGAACUGGAACAGCCUGGGCUGAAAGGUUAUACGUACGUAUAGUUUGACACGCGCGUCACCUGCUUUGGACAGCAGGUGGCGUGAUAAAUGAUUCAUUGCGUAUCUCUUUUGCGCAUCGCAAUUCAUAUGAGUUGGAAAGAUCAAGGAUAGGGGAACCUUCCCUGCUGUCUGUACGAUAUAUGUAUGCCUGAACUAGUUAGAAGAUUAUCUGAGCUGCGCGUAUACAGCGUCUGACAACAAUUUCAAAAUGGCAUUACCUGUUGAAUCCAAGAAAAAUUUUGAAGUUGUUAUAAAAAACUUAGUCGCUGGAGCAUAUGAACUUCUCAAAUAACUUUCAAUCAUUUUUAUUAGUUAUAAUUCAAAUAAUUACUCUAUAGGUAUAGCUGGGAUGUGCUCGAAAACAGCUGUUGCUCCAUUAGAUAGGAUAAAAAUAUUAUUACAAGCUCAUAACGAGCAUUAUAAACAUUUGGGUGUUUUCUCAGGGCUAAGAGAAAUUAUUCAUCGUGAACAAUUUUCUGCUCUCUACAAGGGAAACUUUGCCCAAAUGGUUAGAGUCUUCCCAUAUGCUGCAAUACAAUUUACAUCGUAUGAGUUAUACAAAAAGUGGCUAGUCAAAUUACCAAAAACGUAUGCACUUUCACAUGACUUUUUGGCUGGAUCAGCUGCCGGUGUUACAGCAGUCACACUAACAUAUCCGUUAGACACCAUUAGAGUUAGGCUUGCUUUUCAAGUUGCUGGAGAACACAUAUACACAGGAAUUAUCAAUGCAGGAUUUAUAAUUUAUAAGAAGGAAGGUGGUAUUCAAGCAUUGUACAGGGGAUUUUGGCCAAACGUUAUUGCCAUUAUUCCAUAUGGAGGAUUGUCGUUUUAUAUAUUUAAAAAACUUAAAUAUUUAUGUAUGGCACAUGCUCCGGACUACCUUUGUAAAACGUCUGAUAAAAAUUCUGGUGGAUUAGUUUUAACUAUACCAGCAAGAUUAGUGUGCGGAGGUAUGGCAGGAGCUGUUGCUCAAAGUGUUUGUUAUCCUUUAGAUGUAACUAAAAAGCGUAUGCAACUGGCUAUGAUGAAUCCCACUACACAUGAAUUCAGUAAUAACAUGUUAAAAACUAUAAUAAAGAUAUACCGAGAAAACGGCAUUACAAAGGGUCUUUAUCGUGGGAUGAGUAUCAAUUAUUUACGUGCUGUUCCCAUGAUGUCGGUUACUUUUACAACAUAUGAAAUCAUGACACAGCUUUUCGAUUUAGAUGCAGGAAUGAAGUUAUAAUUUAUUUUAUGUUACUUUAAUUAUUUAUAAUAUUGAAAACUCGUUAAGUAAAAAACAAAAAA